AAUGAAGCGUAACAAUAAAUAGGGUUCGUUCCUCGGUCUCCUCCGUCGCAUACUUAUCUUCGUCUUCUUAUAGAUUCUAUCUCGAAAUCCUAACCAAGAUGGCGAUCCGCCUUCGAAAUCCUGGCCGCAAUGCCAUGAUCCGCCGCUUCUUCCUCCUCUGCCUCGCCGUUUCCGUCGCCGCCCUCUUUAUCCUCGUCCCCUCCACUACCUCCGCGCCGGUGAUGACCAGGAAGGAGGAGGUUGGUUCGUCCUCGUCCUUGCCCUCCGAUUUGUACUCUUCGGGCCUCCAUUACGCGCGGCGGUCGGUCCUCGCCGUCCGAUCCGACCCCCUCCGGGCGCGCGCGGACCUGAUUCGGAAGCAGGUCGGCGACCACGCCGCCGUCGCCGCCGCCUACGCCUCGUUCGCGCGUCGGCUCAAGCUCGAGAGCUCGAAGCAGACGCGCCUCUUCGCUGAGCUCGCCCGCAACCUCUCCCUCCUCGUCGGCGCUCACCGCACGCUACUCCACCGUGCCGGCCCCAUCGACGAGACCGCCGUCCGUGGCUUCGAGCGCGGCGUCAAGGACCGCAUCCGCGCUGCUCGGCUCCUCAUUUCCGACGCCAAGGACUCCUUCGACAACCAGCUCAAGAUCCAGAAGCUCAAGGAUACAAUCUUCGCCGUCAACGAGCAGCUCUCCAAGGCCAAGAAGGCAGGCGCCUUCUCGUCCCUUAUCGCCGCCAAGUCCAUCCCUAGGAGCCUCCAUUGCCUCGCCAUGCGCCUCAUGGAGGAGAGGAUCGCCCAAUCGGAUCGCUACGUUGAUCCACCGACUCCUCCACCAGAGCUCGAAGACCCUAAGCUAUACCAUUAUGCCAUUUUCUCAGACAAUGUCCUUGCAGCGUCCGUCGUGGUGAACUCUGCCGUCCGCAACGCCCGUGAGCCCUGGAAGCAUGUCUUCCACGUUGUUACAGAUCGAAUGAACCUUGGGGCAAUGCAGGUUAUGUUUCGCAUGAAAGAUUACUCCGGUGCCCACAUUGAGGUCAAGGCCGUGGAGGACUAUAAAUUCCUCAACUCUUCUUAUGUGCCAGUGCUACGGCAGCUUGAGUCUGCAAACCUUCAGAGGUUCUACUUCGAGAACAAGCUGGAGAAUGCCACCAAGGACACCACUAACAUGAAGUUUAGGAACCCCAAGUACCUGUCCAUGCUAAACCAUUUAAGAUUUUACUUACCUGAGAUGCACCCGAAGCUCCACAGAAUUCUCUUCUUGGAUGAUGAUGUUGUGGUGCAAAGGGAUCUCACAGGACUGUGGAAGAUUGAUAUGGAUGGGAAAGUGAAUGGAGCAGUUGAGACAUGCUUCGGGUCAUUUCACCGUUAUGCACAGUAUAUGAACUUUUCACACCCACUGAUCAAGGAGAAGUUCAACCCUAAGGCAUGUGGGUGGGCUUAUGGGAUGAAUUUCUUUGAUCUUGAUGCAUGGAGGAAAGAGAAGUGCACUGAACAGUACCAUUACUGGCAGAAUCUGAAUGAGAACCGAACAUUGUGGAAAUUAGGGACUCUUCCGCCAGGCUUGAUCACAUUUUACUCCACGACAAAACCCUUGGACAAGUCCUGGCAUGUGCUUGGACUUGGAUAUAAUCCAAGUAUAAGCAUGGAGGAAAUCAAUAAUGCUGCUGUUGUGCAUUUUAAUGGAAAUAUGAAACCUUGGCUUGAUAUUGCCAUGAACCAGUUCCGACAUCUGUGGACAAAGUACGUGGACUACGAUAUGGAGUUUGUUCGCCAGUGCAAUUUUGCAGCAUAAUGAGAAUUUAUACAACCAGAGGCCCAGGGCUUCUGUUGGAAAACCAAACAAGUAUGGCCACACGAUUGUUAAUCUUUAUUGUUCGUAAGGUUUCAAUCUGCAAAUGAAUGAGAAAGUUCAAAUAUUAUGCUAGCAUAUGAAAUUCCUCUAUGUUUGUCAUGAUUAAGUUGCCUUCUUAAAUUAUUCUUUCUCCUCAUGCCUAUAAUGCUCUAUUUUUGAUCUUUUAGUCUAAUUUUCUAGAGCAUUUGGCUCACACAGGAUCUCAAA